UUUGCUACCCAUUAAGUGUUAAGCGUAGAGAAGCUAUCUCUGAAGAACUGACACAUGCCUCACAAUGUACAGUCUACUUAAAAUAGCCUGCAGGUUAAGCAGUCUGCCCUGCAAUGAGUCUUAGCAGUAAAAACUUUCGUGUUGUUAAAUAAGUUUUGUCCAAGGAAACAAAAUACAAUUGUUACACCAUACAAGAUACGAAUUAUUAGAAGGAGUAGACAUUGAGUGUUGCAAAGAAAACCUGCAGAUACUGUAAAUAGAAAGUGGAAUACAGUUACAUAGCGUGGAGACUUUUUUAUCUGGUUUUACCGGCAACAUUAUACAGUACCUAAUGUAUAAUAGAAGGGCAUGCUUAUUAAAAGUCAGCUUUUGAUCUAUAAAUAACAACUAAAAGAAUGUGGAUUAAAAAAAUAAGAUCAGGUCAGAAUUAAGCGUUGAUAAAGAGAAGUUACAAGUUCAAGUGAACGGCUAAGAACUAAGUGAGAAAUUGUUGUGUAGAAAUGUCAUUCGAAAUUAAAUAAUAAUCGCUUUCCUCCACUGCAUUGUCGUAACAGUGUAUCGUUUAUCACAUUUUAAAUUUACUUGUGCGCAGGGACCAUCCCGAAACCUUGUUUUCAUUUGUCUCUGCUUUAGGUUAAACCUAAUUAUAGAUUAGUUAAACACAAGUUCUUUCUAAGUUUCUUGCCUAAAGGAAACACAGUAAUCAGCCUUGAAUGCAAUUUCCUGUUGAAGGGACUGAAGCUGUCUCCAAGACUGUACCGAGGGAAGGAGGGAGGGAGAGAGAGAAGGGUAACAGACGUUAGAAAGUGGUAAAACACAGGACAAGAUACAGCGAAGUUGCUAGAGAAAGGUGGCGAACACGAAUAACAGCGCUUGUCCAGUCGGCUAAAGCAAAAAGCCAAAAGUUGGAAAAGCGAGCGCGGCGGCACACGAAGAAAUCUCUCCCAGGGGCUCGGGGAGCGAGAAACAGGGAUACACAAGAAACACGAAAACUUCACCCAACAGCAACACAAACGCCGGAAUUUGGAAGUUGCAGAGGCCGUAAGAACUUUUCCUCAUCACAUUGGGACACAGGCAUCGGAACAGGCUGUGCAAGUAAAGUAAUAACUGCAGCCGGAAUGAACGAUAGAUAAGUUUGUGAAGAAGAACCAAGUGAAGAAAGAAGCAUAGAAUGCAAUUGAUGCAGUAUUUCUGAGCGCCUCAAGCUUGUGGACAGAUGUCAGGGGCUCGCGGUCCCCCGGCCAGCUCUCCUGACUCUCCUGAGGAUGAGGACCACUGCUCGAUACAGCACCAGCCCGGGGCUCCAGUCUCAGAAGAAGAGGCAUUUGAAAACUGCGAGCAAUCCCAUGCUGAAGCAACGCCGAGGGAACCUCCUGUACCCCAUGGGAUUGAGAGGAACACGAACGAUGACAGAACCCCUCUCAAGAUGGACUCUUCAACGCCAAGCAAGAGCAUAACAUGCCAGCCUCAGGCCUCUCCCUUUAGUCCCACGCUGGACGGCUUGGCUCCGGAGACGCCCUGCCUGCUGCACAACGGCGGCCAGCGCCCCCCGCCCCCCCAGAAGAACGGGAGCCCGCAGGGGCGGCCGGCCGCGCCCCGGAAGCCACACGGGAAGCUGCAGUCCCACCCCUCCCUCAGCAGCCAGAGCAGCAAGAGGAGCAAAGGCAGCUCCAAGUCUGCCAGCUCCCAGAUCCCCAUCGAAGCAGAGGAUGAUUGCUGUGUCCACUGCAUCCUGGCCUGCCUGUUCUGCGAAUUCCUCACGCUGUGCAACAUCGUGCUGGACUGCACCACCUGCGGCUCCUGCGCCUCUGACGACUCCUGCUUCUGCUGCUGCUGCGGGUCGGAGGAGUGCGGCGACUGCGACCUGCCCUGCGACAUGGACUGCGGCAUCAUCGACGCCUGCUGCGAGUCGGCCGACUGCCUGGAGAUCUGCAUGGAGUGCUGCGGCCUCUGCUUCUCCUCGUGACCCCCGGGCCCCGGCGUGCUGGAGACUGCGAGGAAACAGCAGGCGAGCUCGGCUGCCUGGAGAAGCCCGUGAGGAAACCUCUGUGGGGCCAAGGGCUGGGCCGCUGGAAGACUGGCUGACUUCAGAGGACACAAGGCUCCUGAACCUGUUGCCUCUCAACCCGUCGCGCUGCUGUGUGAAAUUCCAAGGCCGCCCCUUCCCCUUCUCGCUGUGCCAUUCGCUCUAUACGAUGUAGAUCACAGUUAGAACAAACCCUUUCGGUGUGCAGUGGCUGGACUGUUUUGGAGGGCUGAUCUUCAGCCACGGUUUUUGACCGUUUCACAAAGAGCGUAGGGUAAGAAACUUAUUUUUACCCACCAAGAUCGUAAAACACAAAACAGCUGUUGAUAUUUUUAGGGAGAAAUAUAAUAUUAAGAGGCAAAGAAGUCAGGGUCUAAGCAUUUAUUAAUGUAAAAAAAGGAACUAUGACAUUUUCAAUGAAAUGAGCGAUAAAAUCUGGUUGCUCAACAUUGUGCUUUAAAUUAAUGUUUAAAAAGAGACUGGCUCAAUUACUGUGGACAGCAGCAACAAAACUGUAUAUCCCUACUAUUGUAAUUGAAAGAGUUAUAAGUAAUGGGAGAGUUCUCAUUUAGCUAGAAAACAGGAGAAUAGAGUAGGGAACUAAACCUGUAAUGUUAUGUUUAGCUGCUGAAUGCUUAUAUAUAUUAUCAUAAAAAAAACGUUUAAUAUAUAAAUGUAUACCUGUAACACAAGGUUUUUUUUAUAUAUGGUCUUUUCAUACAUGUGUAAAAAGGCAUUUGUUUUAGUUCAAGAUCUUCCAUGUCCUAGAUCAUAUCAAAAUAUUUUAUUACAGAUUUUUUUAAAAGAAAUUUCAUGAUGCUGGAAAGGCUUAGAGGAAACUGUCACACAAUGGGUGGACAGACAGGCAACUGGAAAAAUAUGCUUAAUUUUUCUUUUGAGUAUAAAACUGUCACCUUUGCAGGUGAAGCUUUGUUGUGUGUGCACCUGUAAUAUACAAAAGCAAUGUACAGUAAGAGACAUUUCAGUGCACUGAACGCGCUAGAUGCAGUGUUUAUGAUCUCAAAAUUGAGUUUACUUUAUUUCGGCAGGCGGAGAGUAAAGUAGUAUUGGUAACUUAACUGUUGUCACUUCAAGCUCAACAAUGAUAACUGUGCACGUUCUGUAUCAAUAGACUGCAAAUGCUUGUGUAGCCACUGCCUUGAGUGGCUAAAUAAGUAUAUCUAAAUCAGUGUUAAGAUAGCAGCUAUACUGCAGCCACUAAUUCAAGGGAAAUAGUGUUGAUUUCUGAAAAGCUGAACCAGACAUACUUUCAAUACUGUACAUGAACAGGUCCCAUCAGUCUGAGGUGGGAUUAUAGUACUAGUUAGACCUGAAAAUCUACAUUAAAGAGACAUUUCAACAAAUAAUCUGUUAGCAGCCUAGUAGAAGAGAACCAUCAAUAAAGUAAUGUGGUAUAAAAAAGUCUUAACUUUUUAGAGAGCAAUAAAAAGGUUUAAUCUGUUCAGAUCAUUUAUUCAAUUUGCUGGAGAGAUGCAUUCUGUAAUUACUAAGACUACUGACCUCUGCUAUGUCAGAACCUUGACUUAGAUUUACAGGACAUGCUGUACAUUGAGCCAGAGUGAAGUAUAGUGACAGAUUGUCCCUUUGGGUUACUGGGGACACCACUGUAAUGUAUAACUUAGGGAAAUGCUCAAUCCAAACAGGCAAGCUUGAGCAAUGAUACAGAGCAACACUGGCUCAAAUAGUUCAAUAACUUUAAAAAAGCUUCAAGCCAUUACACGUUUCAUUAAGAAUACUUUUGCAGUUAGGAUAUAAAGGCACCGAAAGAAUAAAGCUUUUGUUUCUGGCACGAUUUAUAUGACUUUGAAACUGAGGCACUCAUAAAAUGUUUUUCACAAGUCUUAUUAAAAUAGAAACAGUUGCUAUAGAGCAGGGGGUGUCAGGCUCGGUUCCUGGAGUUCCCAGUAUCCUCUGGUUCCACCCGAAUUCCAUAACAUAGUGGAGCAUAAUUAUAAUUUUUCUAACCUGGCUCCAAAGUCAAAAGUAAAGCUCCAAAGUUUUAAAAAAAAGUGUACUUUUAAUUAAGAAAAUCAAGUUAAUGUUAAGUAGUCCAUAGUAGACCAUAAGAAACAUUCUAUUUGUGUCAAAGUAAGAGAAUAGCUAGGUGAAUUGUUUGAUUGAUAACUCAGAUUGGAAUAAAAACCCAGAAGUCACCAGGCCCUCCAGGGACUCAACCUGACAUCCCUGCUGAAGAGGUUUAGCCUUUAAACAUUGUUAGUGAGCUCUGCUGCAAAGCAUGAAGUGACCAGGGCUGAGCCUGUGAGAAGCUGCUUAUGUACACCAUUAUGCAAAGAUGUGCGAGACAGCAUUCAGGCCAGAAUAAAUACUUAUCAGCAAUAUUCUAACUUCUGCAGGCGGGAAUGCAGAAGAGUUUUGAGUUCUAGAAAUGAAUACAGGUGUGGCCUGGGGUAGCCUUUAUCAUGCCUCUCAAUAGCUCAGCCCACUGUUCUCAUCUGCACUUCAGAAAUGUUUUAAGAGAACAACCAAAAUAUAAAUGUGAUGCUUUUGGGACAAAUACCAGGCUCUUCACAUUCAAUCUGCAGUGCUGAUGUUUUAGUUUUUGCUUGACAUAUUUCAAUCUUGUUGACAGUUUCUGAAAGAGAUUUAAUCCUGUUCUUCACCAGGGUCAGCACAGCCUAAAUCUUUCCUAAUUUGCCUAAGAGAGGAAGCUCUUUUUAAACACAUUCCCAGCUUCUGAAGAGCAAGUGCAGAUAAGUCCCAUUUUUGUCUAGCAAAAGGGAAAUUACUUGACCUUUUAACCAUCCGAAUAGAAAUUUUAAUCUUCUGAGAAAAGGAAGGCAGAAAAUGAGAAAGAAAGAAUCCCUUAAGUACGAUAAUUUAUAAUUAUAACCUUUAAAGUCCUGAAACAUUUUUUUAAAUGAAGGUCUAUGGUAAAACUGCAAAAAAAAAAAUGAAAUGCAAUAAGACUGACGCCGGUGACUGUGUAUUGAAAAUGCUGUUUGAAAUGAGACUGGAAUGUCAGACGAAGGAUUGAACUUGACUUAUGUGUGAUAAAUGCACAGUAUACUGCUCGGCACACCAGGCAGCUGCGGUCUAAACGACAAAGUCCCCUGACGGGCAUCCUCUUCUUCUGGCACCUGCCAUUUCAUUGCUGUGAGAUUCAGGCUGGCUCCCUAAAACACAUCAUCUCAGCCAUCCAAACAUCCCUUUGUCCUAAUCUCCAUAACAUCAACCUGUGUCCCCAGAUCCUUGCUCCAUUGCGGCAGAGCUUUUGGAAGACAACUUGUGGAGCAGAGCUAUAACCAAGGACACCACAGAAACACAUGUGAAAACACAAGCACUCUUUGGAAGUCGAAAGAGAAAUGAUCAGACUGGAGUCAAUGCAAUAGUGUAUUAUUUUUUUCUUUUCAUGUGCAAUCAAAAAUGUAAUGAAUUAAUGGAGUAUGUGUUAAACCAAAGCUUUGCAGGGCUUAUUCUGUAGAUUUAUGUUCUAAAGACUUAGGUUUGAUUUGUUGCUCUGCUAGGAUCUAAAUUUUAUGGUACAAACAAUUUAACAUUUGAUAUUCUGUGCCUCACCUGCUGUGUCCUAAAACACAGGACUAUGACAGAUGACUUGAUAUUAAAAAUGCAUUGUUAUUUAA